UCUAAAAUUUUUGCUAAAUAUUUGAACAAUUCUUUUGAAGUGAUGUUAGCUCAACGUGUGUCCCACACAGUGCAUAGUAGUAGAACUCAGACUCCUUGUUUGCCUUCACUACACAAACUCUCAAGAGUGUCAUCUGCAUGUGAGACUUCUGCAAAAUGGCCUCAGUUAUUGUCACUUAUUGUGUGGUUGCAGAAAUGGUCUGAUCACGUUUUUGGAACAAGUGUAACUUCAGAAGCAAAAAUAGAAAGAGGUCAUUCUUCACAAUCAUCCAUCAAAGUCAGUUUGACUGUAGAAACCAUCGCAAGUACUUUGCUUUUAAUAGAAGAACGGUGUGAUUAUAAGCAUACUGAUGAAAAGCAGACAAAGUUGUUGGAACCUGCUUUCAAACAGCAUGAGAUGAAGCCUUUACAAUCAUUGCCUAUGUUGGCUCAGGCAGGUACUUCCAACAAAGAUGAGACUUUUAGAAACAUGAAAUCUGAAGGAGAAUUAACCUUACCAUCUCAACUUGGAUCUUCUUUAUCUUCUAAUAUAGCAAGUUUUGGUGAAGCUUGCAGCAGAAAAACUGGAAAUGAUGAUACUCUUUCUACUGUAUCUAUGGUUUCAUGCGAAAUUGGUGCAGCACCUCAAGAUUCCUGUAGUGGGAAAGUCACACUGUUGACAUUGAACACUAGUGAAUUACUGGAAGAUGUGCUCAAUGAAUUGAGCAACGUGACGGGUAGUGAUUGGUCUUUUUACAGCGAACGUUCAGCUCAGAGUGUACGUCCAUUGCCAGUUAAGCAGGAUAAUGGGUUUCCUCGAUCAAUGAAGAGGACUGAUGAGACAUCAUGUCCGUCUAAUUCAAACUCGGUUGUCUUGUCUGGAUUGAGCAGUCACGAAGAACAGACAUUAGAAGUAGGAAAGUUAAUAUCUGCGAAGGUGGACAGUAAGGACGACUGUGAGGUACACGACUCUGAACAGAUACAAGUACUAGCUCGUGAUGAUGAGGAUGAUAGUGAUGAUGAUGAUGAUAGUGAUGUAGCUUCAGGUGUUGCGUUGCAUAUUUCAGUACUUCCAAGUAAGAAUCUUUCAGAAGUAACACGGAUAGGACAUGAGGAAAACCGCUUGGUGGCAACAGACUUAGUAGAAAAAGAAGUAUCAACUGUAGUGGAAGGCAGUUUAGAAGCUUUCUUAGAACCUUUUAUUCAAGACGUUCCUAGUAAUGAAUUAAGCCCAUUGGUAAUGGCUACAGAAACAUCAGCAAGGCAGUCAUCUACUGAACCAGUUUUUGAGGUUACAGAUUACAGGGAAGCGGGGCUUUCCCAAAUUUUAGGGCAGCCAGCAAUGAGUGGUUUAGUUGAAACUGCUGUUGUGCAGCAAUCACUGGCUCAGCAGCCAUUUAGUAGAAACGAACUUCAUCAAAUUCUUCAGGCUCAGAGAUUGUACAUUGAGCAAAUUAUGUCUGUUGUGGAAAACAAAAAUGAUCCAAGCACAUUUCAUUGUACAAGCAUUGGCGUACAGGCACAAUUAAUACCAGAAGAAGCAGCUUUACAGUAUAGCAAUGUCAGCAUUGGUUCUCAACGAGAUCUGUCAGCUGAUCUAUGUCGAAAGAGCAUUGCCAGUUUUCAGAGGUCAAGUAUGUCUGAUGUAGGAUCAUUACAGGAUGAUGAUUAUUGUCUUGAAGUUCUGAACCACUCACCUCUUCUUUACAUCGAUACAUCUGUAUUAUCUGAAGCGUCUCCAAGACCACAAACAACAACAAACGUGAACAAUGAAAAUUUGAAAUUAAGGAAGGACACAGUGAUCAUUGAUGACUUUGUUCCGAUGACAUCUCUGUCAUCAAUGCAAGACAAAGGAAGUUUUGAAGAGCAGUUUAAACAAGGAGACUAUAAUUGCUCAGAUCAAUCAUUUGAUACAUUGAGGCUGCUUUACUUGCCAGAUGAGAGCCUUGGUAACUUUUCUUACCCUGAUUCUGACUUACCCUGUUUUGCACAGAGAGUCUGUUCUCCUGCAUAUAAUAGUGUUCAUGCCAUUGAUGACAACUUCUCCAACAACGUAUGCCUUUCUCUCCAAUUUUCUCCUCAAGUUGGUGCAGCAUUUGUUGAUGCUCCAGCCUCUUCUGCAACUGAACUGCCUUUGCUACAUUUUGAUUUUAAUCAUCCUGUCUUUUUUGAUGAAAUUUCUGCAACACGUAGUGCAGCUGAACCAAAAAAGCAACUUGCUGCAACAGAAGUCGGUAUUGAAGAUUGCAGAGUGUCGUAUGCAGAAGGUGCAAGAAAAAGAAGGCGAGAAGCAAAGCAAGGGAUUUUGCCAUGCAGUGAGAAAAGGGUUUUUAAAACAGUUGAAACGCAGACGGACAAUAAUCAUGAUGAUUCUCAUGGUCUCUCAAGUGUAAGCGAUAUGGGACUAACUGAAAACGAAGACGUCAAUGCGUUUAGACCUAGUGAAACAUCUAAGGAUUUGAUUAGUGACAAAGAGGUUCCUGAACGUCCUGUUUCUGAGUGGUCUCCAUCUGUUGCUGCUUUUUACAGACAAGUUGAAGAUGUAGAAACUGAAAUGGCUGAUAAGCAAUUAGAAGGAGGAACUGAUAUUCAUAGCCAAUGUAGAGGUCACGGUUGGCCUUUAUGGCAUAAAGGAUUGUCAGCAGCUGAAAUUGAGAUGAUGCCUAUUCAUAAAGAUGUGAAUCAGGUAUCUGCAGCUGUUCAGACUGAUAAAAUGGUGCAAGAUGAGAGUUUUUCAAAAGAACAAAUUGCCAUUGUUCGAGACAUUGAGACACAGGUGUGCAUGAAAGAUGCAUCAACACAGAGUCAGCACAUCGAUCAAGAUAUUAGUGUGAUUGGAGAUAGUGUGACUGAAGAUGAAGUGGUCGACAGUUCUGAUUUAAAGCCAGUAGCCAGUAGUGGAGACAAAGUGGAGUCAGAAGGACAUACAUCAUUGUCUACAGAUCUGCCACAAGUUCUUGCACCUCAUCUUUUCUUUGGAUUGAAAUUUGCUCAUGGAAACGAAGAUGACACUAUGAGAGGUGAUCGUGACUUUAUCAGUGUGGUUGACAUUCCAGCUAGUUCCUUGAACGACCUCCCAUCAGUUGAUACAAACCCUCAGAAAGAGAUAGUGUCUGAAGUUUUAAUGGAGAAGCCAGGGGAGGGUAGGCAGAGAGAAGGAGAGCAUUAUGACACUGCAUCAGCGAAGAGCUCUGGAAAAGGAACUUUAGAUCUUGUUAGGGAUUCAGAUGAAAACCAAGUGCUGCAGAUUGGAGAUGGUGUUACAACUUAUGUCUUUGGUGAAGAGCCAACAAAUUCAACACCUGGAGCCAUAUCAGGAGCUGGCGUUAGUGCCCUUCCUAUUAAGGAUGCUCGGUUGAAGACUCAGUUGAUGGCAAUGAUGGAGCAGCUUGAUGCUAUAGAAGAGACUGCCAAACAUGUAGAGGAAGAGUUCAAAGACUCAGAAUUGCUGCUUCACACAAUUGAUCAACUACAGGCUGUCGAAGAAGCAAGGCAACCUCGCAGUAUUGUUCAAGAUUUAGAGUCACAGCUACUUCGAGAAAAUGACAAUAUUGUAAAUGGUGAAGACUGUGAAGCAUCACUUUUGAAGCCAUCAUCAUCGUCUGACAGCAUGCAAUCCACUGAAGCAGCCAUUCAGAAGACAGAGCAUGCCCAAAGUCCAGAUGAUAGAGCCGGAAGUCAGGUUUACAGAUUUGUUGAGUUGAAAGAUGAAGCCAACAAUCAAUUUCAAGUGGAUGCCAGUAGAGAGAGUAAAGAAGGAGGCACUCAUCACGUUUCUUCAAAGGAGUCGCUUUGUGAAGAAAGGACGAGUUCUCUCAGUUCUGUAACAGUCGAUAUUGGAAAUUUUGAAACAAAUUUAGCUGACAAAGGAUUCGCCAAUGAAUCUGAACAUAUAGUGGGAAUUGUUGGGCAAGGAAGCUCUAGAGGUACAGUGGAGCCGUCUGGUACACCUAAGUAUGCAAUGUCACAGUUGACAUGGACUGCAGCCAAGGUUUCGAAUCAUGCUGUUCCUGUUCGAACUAGUGUACAGUUAAGGCCCAAGUUUGGUUCUGCGCUUGACGUUCAUUUGAGAAGAGAGAAGGUGGAAAGAGAUGAACAGCAUCAUGAUCAUAAAGCACCAUCUAAGUCUUGUGUAAUGCCGCAAAGUGCACUGACCAGAUAUCACUUGAAGAAGGCGCCACCUGUGGUGACCAUGAAACAAGUCGAACAAAUAUUCAGCAGUAAAGGGUCGAAUGAAACAGCAAAUCAACGCCACAAAUUGUGUCAGUGGAUGAAACAUCAAAGAGCCAAGCGGCAUACAGAAUUCAUCAGCCAUCGAGCUCAACUACGUGGUGCAGAAGCACAUCCGUUUUCAUCUCACGGGCAAUCAGGAACAUAUCAACAUCGAACUACCAAGAUCAAAGAGCAGCAAAAGAGAGAUCAUGUUGCUGAACGUGUUCGGGAAGCAUUCAAUCUUAUGAGUAACAUCGUGGCUCCAUCAAGAUCAAGUGUGCAGUCUAAUACGGGACAUCGUCCAAGCGAUUCUGUUGUUGCCUUGAAGCAAGGUAUUGGUCUGAAUAGUACCAGUCCAGAGCAGAGUGUAGGAAAUAUAUCUUUGUCCUCGGGGAGUGUUAUGAGCAAUAUUGACUGGGAAGAAGUCGACAGAAUUCUAGAUGACUAGUCUCUACUGCAUGCUACCUGGUUACACUCAUGCUGUAAAUACAUAUUUAUUUGUGUAUUUGCAAAUAUUUAUUUAUCUAUUUAUAUAUUUGUUGUUAAUUUUGUUGCAGAGUUACUUCUUUACAUUGGUUAAUGAUGAUAUCUUUAUUGGUCAUCUGGUUGGGGUUCCUGGGUGGCUGAAAAGAAAUGUUCGUGAACGUUUCAUUCAUUAUUGUCCCGAUAUUACAAUCGUGGCUAGACUGUCUUAGAAAUCUAACGUGUUAUUACGCAUGUGCAAUGUGAUUGAUGUCUGCUCUUCAAAAACGAUAACCAAUAUUUUACAUGAGUGACAGUAAGUCUUCUAAAAUUGCCUUUUUAUUAAUUUAUUAAUUAACUCUACAAUUGACAUUUUAUUGAUUAAUUGGUUAUCUCUACACUAUUACCUGAUGUUACACUUUCAUUUUUCAAUAUGGAGCGCAGUGUAUUCUCGCCUUUGGGCUUGAUUUCUUAGUGUCUACUAUAGUAUGUUUUCAGCUGGCAGUUGAGAAACAAACCUCCAACUUUGCAUCUAAUCAAUUAUGUACGCAUGUGCAAGAUGUUGCUAUGUAUAUCUGCUGCGACACCACCGUAGAAUUCAGUUGCUUUCAGUCUGUCGAUUAGUAUCACGCCCGUUGAAGAAUUUUUGCAUCAUAAUGGGAGACAAGCCAAAGACUGAUUGGGAUAAGGACGCUGCGGCUAGAGUGCAGAGUACUGAAGCAAAGAAGCACGGUGGCGAGGUACCUGAGGGCAACUAUGCAAGAGAUGCUCAAUCAAAAGCCGACAAAAACGAAGCUGCAAAGAAGUAGCUGACGAUGAUUGUCAAGAGUUGAGUCAACAGAAAGACUACAAACAGUUGACUCUGAAUUUGUGUUGCGCGAGUUUGUGCAUGUGUUGUCUUGGAACUGUUUGCUGUUACACUUGUCGUUCGUCUUUUGUACGCCUAUAGCGUCGAGACUAUGCGAUCUAAUUGAGAUUUGUUUGCACAAGA